AUGGUGCUCAUCAAGAGCUUCGUGCUCGCUAGCCUCGCGGCCGCCGCUGCUGCCAAGUCAGCGGUUCUCGACCUCAUCCCCGACAACUUCGAUAACGUUGUUCUGAAGUCCGGCAAGCCGACCCUCGUCGAGUUCUUCGCUCCCUGGUGCGGCCACUGCAAGACCCUUGCUCCCGUCUACGAGGAACUCGCCCUGGCCUUCGAGCACGGCAAGGACAAGGUUCAGAUCGCCAAGGUCGACGCCGAUGCCGAAAAGGCGCUCGGAAAGCGUUUUGGCGUGCAGGGCUUCCCCACGCUAAAGUUUUUCGAUGGCAAGAGCGACAAGCCGACCGACUACAAUGGCGGGCGGGACCUGGAGUCUCUGUCCGCCUUCAUCACCGAGAAGACGGGUGUUCGGUCGAAGAAGAAGGCGGCCAAGCCCAGCAGCGUGACCAUGCUCACGGAUUCGAACUUCAAGGAGCAAAUUGGCGGCGACAAGAACGUCCUAGUGGCGUUCACCGCCCCGUGGUGCGGACACUGCAAGAGUCUCGCGCCGACUUGGGAGACGAUCGCCGAGAACUUCGCCACCGAGUCCAAUGUUUUGAUUGCCAAGGUCGACGCCGACGCUGAGACCGGUAAGCGCACCGCGGCCGAGUAUGGCGUCACCGGCUACCCGACGAUCAAGUUCUUCCCCGCCGGCAGCACCACUCCCGAGGACUACAACGGUGGGCGGUCUGAGGAGGCGCUCGUCGCGUUCCUGAACGGAAAGGCUGGCACUCACCGCGCUGUCGGUGGUGGUGUUGACUCCACGGCCGGCACCGUUGAGGCGCUCGAUGCCAUCGUGGCCAAGCUGGUCGGCGGGACCACACUGGCGGAGGCUGCGGCGGAGGCGAAGAAGACUGCCGAGGAGCUCAAGGACCAGGUGCAGGCCAAGUGGGCCGAGUACUACCUCCGCGUUUUUGAGAAGCUGAGCAAGGCCGAGGGGUAUGUGACCAAGGAGCUGGCGCGCCUGGAGGGCAUCAUCAAGAAGGGUGGGCUGGCUCCCACCAAGCAGGAUGAGCUGGCGAGCAAGGCGAACGUUCUCCGCAAGUUUGCCGAGAAGGCGACGGGCGGCGAGAAGAAGGAGGAGAAGGAGGAGCUGUAG